UGCGCAGUUGACCGCUAUGUGAGACGAAGAGGAAACGAACAUUUUUAGAGGUCCGUCAUCGAUGCAACAAUUUGUUCCCGUCUCGGUUCUCUGGGAAUAACUGGAUACAUCCGACUGGUUCAAGGCUGGGACGCGAAUAGAAGAGGUGAGAAGAAGAUGGGGUGUACUCUGAGCACGGACGACAAGGCGGCGCAGGAGCGGAGCAAGAUGAUCGACAGAAACCUGCGGGACGACGGAGAGAAAGCAGCCCGGGAGGUCAAGCUGCUGCUGCUGGGUGCUGGGGAGUCUGGGAAAAGCACAAUUGUCAAACAAAUGAAGAUCAUCCAUGAAGCUGGCUACUCAGAGGAGGAGUGUAAGCAGUACAAGGCUGUGGUCUUCAGCAACACCAUCCAGUCCAUGAUGGCCAUCAUCAGAGCCAUGGGACGCCUGAAGAUUGAAUUUGCUGAUUCAGCCAGAGCUGACGAUGCUCGCCAGCUGUUCGCCCUCGCCAGUACAGCAGAGGAGGGCGUCAUGACUCCUGAACUGUCCGACGCCAUCCAGCGGCUCUGGAAGGACGCGGGCAUCCAGGAAUGCUUCAGCCGGUCCCGGGAGUACCAGCUCAACGACUCUGCUUCAUACUACUUAAAUGAUCUGGAAAGGUUAUCAGCCCCCUCCUACGUCCCAACCCAGCAGGAUGUGCUGAGGACCAGAGUCAAAACCACGGGUAUUGUGGAAACACACUUUACCUUUAAGGACCUCCACUUCAAGAUGUUUGAUGUGGGCGGACAGAGGUCAGAGAGGAAGAAGUGGAUUCAUUGCUUCGAGGGAGUCACUGCCAUCAUCUUCUGCGUGGCGCUGAGCGACUACGACCUGAUGCUGGCUGAGGAUGAGGAGAUGAACCGGAUGCACGAGAGCAUGAAGCUGUUUGACUCCAUCUGCAACAACAAGUGGUUCACGGAGACCUCCAUCAUCCUCUUCCUCAACAAGAAAGACCUGUUUGAGGACAAGAUCUCCAAGAGCCCUCUGACGAUCUGCUUCCCCGACUACGAAGGUCCCAACACCUAUGAGGACGGCGCGACCUACAUCCAGUUCCGGUUCGAGGACCUCAACAAGAGGAGGGACGUAAAGGAGGUCUACACCCAUUUCACCUGCGCCACCGACACCAAGAACGUCCAGUUUGUGUUCGACGCCGUCACAGACGUCAUCAUCAAGACCAACUUGAAGGACUGUGGCCUUUUCUAAAGGCAGCCGGACGGUCAGCCUACCCAGUGACUUUAUUUGACCCGGAGUCGGCGUGGUGGACGGACCCUGAUGAGAAUGUCACUUUUAACCUCUUAUUAACUUAUGUUCAUCUCUAAAAGUUUGAAAGAUGGUGUGUAGAGAAAACCUUUUGUGUAAAAUAUUUGUACAACAGUCUAUGGCCAUGGAUUUUUAGAAGUUUUAAAAUGUGUUUUACUUAACGUCUUUAUUUUUUUAUAUAAAGAAGGGGAGUUAAUUGCCAGUUUGGGGCCCGUAAAUGAACACUUGUUUAUUGUUUUUGCCUUGCUACCUUAGUUACAGUGUGUUUGUGUAUUAUUAUAUUUUUUUUGAGUUAAUGUAGUUUUUGCAAUUUAACUAAUUAAGUCACCUGAAUUAUUACUGUCUGGGCAUUUUCAGCCUCUGAUUUUGCAUAAUUUUCAUCACCCCAUUUAAAAAACAACAACUCUGCAGACCAGUUCACUCUGAUGCUGAUAAACUGUGAGAGGUGUGUGUGUGUGUGCGAGUGAGAGUGCUUUGUUUGAACCGAAGCCAGAUGCCUGUUUGAGCGACUGUCUGAGCGAAUGUGUGCACAAUAUAAACAAAGGGACUUUUAAUUCUUCUACUCGUCAUCCUCUUUCAAAGUUGUAUUUUUCUAAGCGACCAACAAAGAAGCUACUCUCACAUUAAUUACUCCACGUUGUGGAUGUGCUCCUGCAAACAUUCCUGAAGAAUCACGAGGGAACGAGGAUGGCAAAGGUGGCCUUGAAGCAGAUUCAGGAUCCAGUGUAGAUCUGUGUUCAGUGCUUCGAUAUAAAGACAGAAAGCUGACUGAGUUGCAUAUCUUUCCCUCUUGAAACCCUUACCCUCCAGAUCUUUUGUUUCCAUUCUAUGUGGACAUUAGUGGACUAAUCUCCAUGAUUUUGCUAAUAAAAGAGUUGCUCUGGUGAAAUCAGGACAACUUGUGCAACAGUU